GCCAAGCCAACCUUCAUUUCUCUAUAAAAAAGAAACACACCUCCGCUAGCUUCUCCAUUCAAGCAAACACCAACUCCAUCACUCCUCUCCCUCCCUCCCACUUUCUCUCUCCUGCUUUCUCUCUCUACACCGCCCCCACCAAAAUGGACGUUCGCAGGCGACAAUCCAAGUCCCUGGGUCCGUCCAAAACACUCUCCGCCGCCGGACCUCUCAAACCCCACCAGCUGCAGUCCUCUUCCAAAGCCUCCGACGCUCUCCCUCUUCCUCUAUACCUCACCAACGGCAUAUUCUUCACCCUCUUCUUCUCCGUCGCCUACUUCCUCCUCCACCGGUGGCGCGAGAAGAUCCGCACCUCCACUCCCCUCCACAUCGUCACCCUCUCUGAACUCGCCGCCGUGCUUUCCUUAUUCGCCUCCAUCAUCUACCUUCUGGGUUUCUUCGGCAUCGACUUUGUCCAGUCUAUUACCAGGGGUUCCGACGUCGACGACGACGAAACCGCCGAGGACUUCAUCCUCGAGGAAGAAACCCGACGCGGACCCUGCGCUGCCGCCGACAUUGACUGCUCCGCUAACGUUCCGGUUGUUCCUCCGCCGUCCACGACGGCGCCGGUGACGGAGGAGGAUGAGGAAAUCAUCAAAUCGGUGGUGGCCGGGUCGACGCCGUCGUACUCGCUGGAAUCGAGGCUCGGGAACUGUGACAGGGCGGCGGCGAUAAGGCGGGAGGCGGUGCAGAGGAUAACGGGGAAGUCGCUGGCGGGGAUGCCGGUGGAUGGGUUCGAUUACGGGUCUAUAUUGGGGCAGUGCUGUGAGAUGCCGGUGGGAUAUGUUCAGAUUCCGGUGGGGAUUGCAGGGCCGUUGUUGCUCGACGGGAGGGAGUACUCGGUUCCUAUGGCGACGACGGAGGGGUGUCUGGUCGCGAGCACCAACAGAGGCUGCAAAGCCAUCUACAUCUCCGGCGGCGCCACCAGCGUCGUGCUGAGGGACGGAAUGACCAGGGCUCCGGUGGUGAGGUUCGGCACUGCCAAGAGAGCGGCGGACUUGAAGUUCUUCUUGGAGGAUCCAAUGAACUUCGAUACACUAUCCGUUUAUUUUAAUAAAUCUAGCAGAUUUGCAAGGCUGCAAGGCAUUCAAUGUGCAAUUGCCGGGAAGAAUCUAUACAUGAGGUUUAACUGCAGCACCGGCGAUGCAAUGGGGAUGAACAUGAUCUCCAAAGGCGUUCAAAAUGUCCUCGAUUUCCUUCAGAAUGAUUUCUCCGACAUGGACGUCAUUGGCAUCUCCGGAAACUUCUGUUCGGACAAGAAGCCAGCAGCGGUGAACUGGAUUGAAGGACGUGGCAAGUCGGUUGUUUGUGAGGCAAUUGUCAAGGAAGAGGUGGUGAGGAAAGUCUUGAAGACCAACGUAGCAUCUCUGGUGGAGCUGAACAUGCUUAAAAACCUUACUGGAUCGGCAAUGGCUGGCGCUCUCGGUGGAUUCAAUGCCCAUGCCAGCAAUAUUGUCUCUGCAGUAUAUAUUGCAACCGGGCAGGACCCGGCUCAGAACGUGGAGAGCUCUCACUGCAUCACCAUGAUGGAAGCCAUUAACAACGGCAAGGAUCUCCACGUCUCUGUCACCAUGCCUUCCAUUGAGGUGGGUACGGUUGGAGGUGGCACCCAAUUGGCGUCUCAGUCUGCCUGUCUGAACCUACUUGGAGUGAAGGGUGCGAGCAAAGAGUCACCGGGGUCAAACUCAAGGCUCUUGGCCACCAUUGUAGCCGGUUCGGUUCUUGCCGGUGAGCUUUCCCUCAUGUCUGCUCUUUCAGCGGGGCAGCUGGUGAAGGCCCAUAUGAAAUACAAUCGAUCACUUAAGGAUGUCACCAAGGGAUGCUCCUAAAGCCCUAAUGGGAACACAAACCUCUCCCACAUUCCCGCCACUUUGACUAGAUAUAUAGUAGUAGCCUAAGCCCCCAACAAGGUAGCUUUCACAAAGUAAGUAAAGAAGAAGUUACAAAUAAAUAAAAUUCCCAACAAAAAAGAGUGUGGGAGAGACAGAAAGGGGAAGGGAAAAUAUGAUGGGUUUUAGUGUUUGGCAAGGGAAGGAAAAGGAGAAGUCAUGUGGGGGAGGAGAUGGGAAAAAAAACAAACCAAAAGCGUGUUUGUGUUUUCUUUAAUAAACCAGAGAGUCAUGUGAGAUUCUGGUGGAUCCCUUCCCUAGAAAGAAAGCAUAAAGGAGGUCUGCAACUGCUGUGAAGUUUGUGAGGAAGAGUAGGUGGCACUACCUGUAUAUUUUCUGUCUCCUAAUAUGCCACUUGUUAGCAUGAAGGGGCUGCCAGUAUAUAUAUAUAUAUAUAUGUAUUAUCUUUUAUGUGUAAGGUGGGGAGGGGGUUCUGCAUUUCUCUCUUCUUUUAGUUGGUGUUAAUGUUCACUUAGUUUGUAAUCUAGGAAGAAGACAUCUCAAGAAAUGGAAUCUACUUCUCUUUUAAAUA